GCUUCGGAAAAUAUGAGACAUUUGAUAUCCUUCAUAUCGUAAUAAAAAGCGGUGUGUUCUGGUACGAAAUCAUAUCUUCACUAAGAAGGCAACAAAAUGAAUAUGUCAGUGCUUCAACUCUUGCUUGUCGUCGGACUCUUCGUCCUCUUCGGGGCUGUGGACGCGGAUGUAAGAUACACCAGAACCAAAGCCGAUGGUUACUAUGACACCAAAGCCGAUGGUUACUACGAUGGUUACUAUGACAACAAAGCCGAUGGUUACUAUGAGAACAAAGCCGAUGGUUACUAUGACACCAAAGCCGAUGGUUACUACGAUGGUUACUAUGACAACAAAGCCGAUGGUUACUAUGACACCAAAGCCGAUGGUUACUACGAUGGUUACUAUGACACCAAAGCCGAUGGUUACUAUGAGAACAAAGCCGAUGGUUACUAUGACACCAAAGCCGAUGGUUACUACGAUGGUUACUAUGACAACAAAGCCGAUGGUUACUAUGACACCAAAGCCUAUGGUUACUAUGACACCAAAGCCGAUGGUUACUAUGACACCAAAGCCGAUGGUUACUACUAAAGAAAUCGAACAGUACUGAUUUUUAAAAUAAAUAAUUAAUAUGCAUGCACAUGA